GGCGUCGAUUACUCGAAUAACUCUACUGGUGGAUCAGAAAGGAAAAGCGUGUCGGUUGAAGCUAAUUCUGUGCAAAUGAAUUGUGCCGAAGAAGUAACAUGUAUGACACGUUUCCAGCGUCACUUAGCGGAUUAUCUGUUUGCCAAUGGUUACCCUAAGUCCGCGCUCAAGUUGGCCCGUGAUCGACCUGAAUUGAGCGAAUUAUGCCUGACGGAAUUGUUCGAAGAGGCGGUCCAAAUUGAAGAUGCAUUGUAUCGUGGUGACACGGGCCCUGCUCAUAACUGGAUUCAGGAGGCGAAUUUUAAGCUUAAGAAAAGUGAAAGUUACUUUGAAUUCGAUCUCCGCGUGUUCGAAUUCUACCUCCUGGUGCGCGAAGGUAAACGUAUGGAAGCAAUACAUUUAGUCGGGGGUGUUUCAGCGAAAAAAUCAUUGUCCCGAGGUUCUAUUGAAGUACCUAUUGAUAAUCUACGUUUAAAGGCUCCUCCAGAGGGAGCAGUUCUACUUGCUGCUUUCUUGUAG